AUGUUGUCGGUUUCGCGUCGCGGGAUCUGAAUUUCAAAAUUAAAUUUUAAUUUUAGUGCAUUUCCGCUGUUAAAACAAGUUCAAAAUCAUGAAAUUUUCAACCUCCAACGCCAAGUGCUCCUCCUACGUCGGGAAGCACACGGUAUUCAUCGGAACGCACACCGGAUCGUUCAAAAAGCUGGAACCCUUCCAGGACGCGCCGUACCGGCAGAACAAUCUACAACAGGUUACCGUUUUGGACAAAACUUCCAAAGUAACUUGCCUGGCGUUUGGCAACAAGGAGCAGACGGAAAUUUUGCUUGGCAGGGCCAAUCACUUUGUCAAGGUGUUCGAUUGCAACAGUGAGGAAACCACUUCCAGCUUUGAAGCGGGUGGGGAAGUCGUCGGAUUAGGACGAUCCAAUGGAUGUAUCAUUGCCGGAACCGCCGAUGGAACAGUCCAGAUCGUUAAGGAUCCGGAAUCGGUGGAAUUCUCGGUCGGUGAAAAUCUGUGCAAGCUACGAAUUUGUCCGGAAGAUUCAAACCUGAUGGUAACGGGCGGCAAGGCACUCAAGCAAAUUAUCAAAGUGUGGGACCUGGAAACGCAAAAAGUAACCUUCACGGCGAAAAACGUCAAAAAGGAACUGGAACUGGAACAGCCAAUUUGGGAGAAUGAUGUGGUAUUUGUGGACAGAAAUACCAUCGCAUCCUGCUCACGGCAUGGGUACGUGCGCGUGUAUGACCUGCGUGGCGAACAGCGCCGACCAGUGCAAGGAUACGCCCCACCGGAUGAUCAGCUGUCGUUCACUUGCUUGACCAAUCACGAUGGCUAUCUUUACGCUGGCACGACCACCGUUGGAGCCCGUGCCUUCGAUUCCCGCAAGAUGAAGAAUCACAUUCACGUAUACAAGGGUUUCACCGGUACCGUCACGAGCAUCGGAGUCGAUCCGAAUGGAGGGUAUCUUUUCACAUCUUGUCUGGAUAGAUACGUUCGCAUUCACAACACUCAGAAAACGGCCAUGGUCUACCAAUGCUACGUCAAGUCGAAGCCAACGCAGAUUCUGUGCACCGAUUAUAAGGACCAGGUAGCUGCCCAGGAGGAGGAUGAGGAUGAUGACUUGGUGCUAGUGGAAAAUCCCCAGGAUGAAGACGUGGAUUCAGAGUACGAAGAUAUGUUUGCGAAAAUGCAAACUGUUAGCGAAAAAGUCGCAUCUAACAAGCGAAAACUCGACGGAAGCGUUCUAGAGGAAGUUGCGAAAAGGAAGGUGAUUAAGAAGAAAGGUAAAAAGGCCAAAUAAAUGUUGUUCGGAUUAAAUGGCAAGACGACGUUCGCAG